AUGGCAAGGCGCUUUGAUGCAAUCGGGCUGAUAUCGCAAGGAAAGAACACAAUGCUCAUGAAGGCAUUCGAUAGCAAGAAUCACAGGGCUGUUGUAUUGAAAAGGUAUUUAGGCCAGGCAAAUGGCGGCGAUCGUGAGUAUUGUAGAGAACGAGACACGCUCGAAGCAUUGCCGCCGCAUCAAAACAUCAUAGGGUAUAAUGGAUGCAGGGAGGAUGCAGAUAGAUGCUAUUUGAUUCUGGACUAUUUUGAAGGCAAAACAAUGCAGAAGGUUGUAUCUGAGAUGAAUGUGUGCAAUUGCCCGGAAUGCAUGUGUUUCAAGGCCAGAUGGCUCGUACAAGUGCUCGAUGCCUUGAAGCACAUGCAUAGUAAUCAUGUAUACCAUUGCGACAUAAAGCCUGAAAACAUACUGAUCGCAGGAGAUGAAAUCAAGGUGAUUGAUUUUGGAUGCUCAAUAAUUAAUGCAGAGGGGGUUGCAAAAGGCAGUAGUGUUGUGCUGCUUGGGACACCAGGGUUUGGAACAGUAGAGGUUGGAGAUCUUACAUACGAUGGCGACGUGGUGCUGGCUCAUAUGGAUAUCUGGGCGUUUGGGUGUAUUCUGUAUUAUGCAUGCACGGGCAGUGUUCCGUUUGUUGCUGAGAGCAUGUUUGACACUCUUAGGAAUGUCAGAAGCAUCGAGGUGGAUCUUGGAGCAGUGCCUGCAUGUGCAUCCAGAAUUCUUAAGCGCAUCUUCACAAGGAAUGUUGCUAGUAGGUACACUCUUGAAGAGCUGGAGAAAGAUGUCAGAGGCAUGGCUGGCUAUGAUGAACAGCAUUUGGCAUGCAAAAUGUAG